GACCAGCUUUGUUAUGUUGCUACCUGCUAUUCCUAACUAGCAAGUCCUGCAUUGCCCUGCUUUACCUGAGGCAGCGAUGGACACAGACGCGUUAUUGGAAGCGUUUCAAGAUUUUGAGAAGAAAGUGAAAAGGGAUACAAGUCCCGUAUUGGAGAAAUUCCUGUGUCAUGUUGCCAAGACGGGAGAAGCAACACUUGAUGUGACCAAAUAUCUGAUCUCUCCUAGGAUUCCGUGGUCACAAUUCAAAUCGUACUUCAUGUUUAAGUUGGAGAAUGUCAUAGAUGAUUUUCACUCAUCGACGCCUGAGCAGAGAGGAGCGCACAAUCCCAAUGUAGAACACGUUCCCUUUGAGGAGAUGAAGCAGAGGAUAUUCAAAAUAGUUGACAGUUACAAUGGAAUCCCAUUCACCAUUCAGCGUCUGUGUGAGCUGCUCACUGACCCUAAACGUAACUAUACAGGAACAGAUAAGUUUCUCAGGGGUAUAGAAAAGAAUGUAAUGGUGGUCAGCUGUGUGUACCCCACAUCAGAUUCAAACAGAAUGAACGGAGUGAUGUUUCCUCGCACCUCUUCUGUAAACUCAGACAGUCGAAAUGUAAACGGACCAGGCUUGCCAAAACAGCUCAACAGGCCAAAGCUCUCAUUGUCGCCAUCGCUCUCCACCAAUGGCCUCCCUGAGUGCGCAGUCAGCAAGGUGCCAGAGUCCACUGCGGAGGAGGAGCGCUGCUUCAGCACCGACCCUUCACUCUCGGGAAGUGAAAUCACGCAGAGCCGGAAGAAUAAGCACACUGAUGAGGAGAAUUCUGCUGCUGAGAAGCACAAUAGCAAGAGGCUAAAGGUCAAUAAAAAGCAGGAGGAGGACGACACAGCAAGUGAAAACAAGGAAUUCUCUUGUAAAGGCACGCAGAGCUUAGCAGCGAAGCGUGAAUCUUUGGAAGACUCUUGCUAUCACGAGUACAAAAAUGAAACAUCUUGUCACACACAAUCCAUUCUCGAUGAUCCAGGGCCCUGUAGCCCACAGACAGAACCAUGUGAAAAGGGGACAGCUGAGAAGGAGAAGGCCCACUGCAACAUCACCGUUCAUCAAUCAGAGCUACCACUGAAAGAGAAUACACUCUCUGAGCACAACACUGUGGACAGCAGCAGCAGCAGCAGUGAUGGAGACUGUCUGCCUAGCAUCAACCUGGCGCGCUCCUCUUCUGGGACUUCACCCAAAUUGUCAACAGGGGGUGAUGCAGAAAAUUCAAACCGCACAAAGACUGAAAUCAAGGCUGGGGAAAGUGACUAAAGAGCCUCUUGAAAUAAUUGACUCUUGAACCUAUACGAAACCACACCAAGAGUACACUGUAUCACUGUGGAACUGUAGACAGCGGGAUCAGGAGUGGUGUGGACCUGGAGGUUCCUCACAUAAGGAACAUUUUGCUCUUUUCAAUUUGAGCUGGUUGGUCAAAUAUCAACAAGUCUUCAAAUUGGAGUAAGAAAAAGAUCACAGAGCUUUUUCUCUGUAGACUGUAUUUCUUUUUACUCCCCUGCCCACCAUGUUAAUAUCAGACAUUUAUCAUGUACCCCUCAAUGUGCUGCUGUGCUCAUUAACAUCAUUAUUGGCAUGGAUUUCCAAAAGAUACUUUGGUAGCUUGAGUUGUUUUAUCUUAAGCAUAGUUUUUACGUGAAGAAUGUCUCCCUCCAGAUGAAAAAGAACAUCUAGCUCCCAUUUAAUGAACUUUUCUAUCAAAAUUGUUUUUAAUUAACAUUGCACUUAUUGGCACUAAUUCCUUGAAGGAUAUUGACAAAUUAAUUUCAGUAGUCAUUUUAGCAAAACAUUGUUUAGUCUGAUACAAUUUUUCCCCUCUAAUACGAUAGUUAUACCCAUAACUCGUUUUUGAUAACUCAGAUUUUUAUAUCACCGUACAGGCCUGUAAAUCAGUUUUAAACACUUGUCAUUUAUGUGUUCAUGUCACAAAGUUAAAAAAAAUAAAUAAAUAAAAA